GCUGAGGAAAACUUGCCUUUUGAGGAGAACUUAAUCAAAAAUCCCUACAGUGUCAAAGCUUGGCUCAGAUAUGUUCAAUUUCAGAAAUCAGGCUCCCCUCACAUCUUGUAUCUAACCUAUGAAAGGGCUUUGAAACAGCUGCCUGGAAGUUAUAAAUUAUGGUAUAAUUACUUAAAACUUCGGCGUCAACACUCGAGACGAAUGUGUCCAGGUAGCUUGAUAUAUGAAGAAACGAAUAAUGCACAUGAACGCGCUCUUGUUACAAUGCACAAGAUGCCUCGUAUUUGGACAGAUUACUUGCAAUUUCUCAUGUUCCAAGGUUAUGUUACACUAACGCGUCGUACGUUUGAUCGAGCCUUGAAAGCCUUGCCCAUUACACAACAUGAGCGGAUAUGGCGCAUUUACCUCAGAUUUGCUGAUAAGCAUGGGGCUGGCGUAAAUGAAUCGUGUGCUCGUAUUUAUCGGCGCUACAUUAAGUUUGCCCCUGAUGAUGUUGAGCGAUUUAUUAACUUUCUGAUCCGAAAUGGAAAUGUCAAUGAAGCCGCUGUCCUCCUGGCGAAGGCAAUCAAUGAGGAGAACUUUGUUAGUCGCGAAGGGAAAUCUAAAUUCCAACUGUGGCAGGUCUUGUGUGACCUUCUAGUAAAAAAUCCAAUGAAAAUAACCUCUCUCGAUGCUGAUGCUAUUAUCCGCCAGGGAAUAAGUCGCUAUACAGAUCAGGUUUAUGACUUUCUUGUUUUACCGCAUUUUAUUGUCUGUUUCACUCACGAACUUCAUGUCCAACAGGUAGGAAUUCUCUGGACCUCUCUGGCAGACUUUUACAUUAGAAGUGGAAAUCUUCCGCGAGCUAGAGAUGUUUACGCUGAGGCCAUUUCCAGUGUCAUCACGGUCCGCGAUUUCAGUCAGACAUUCGACGCAUAUGCAGAGUUUGAACAGUCUAUCACUAAAGCUCGUAUGGAAGCUCUGGAGAAGUGUUCAAGCGUAACUGAAACCGAUGAAAUGGAGGUUGAGUUAUGCCUGGCCAGAUUGGAGUCUCUGAUGGAACGCCGACCCCUCUUGCUAAAUAGUGUCCUUCUUAGACAGAAUCCACAUAACGUAAAUGACUGGCUACAACGAGUCGAACUACUCGAACCUCAGGGUCCACGAAAGCAAAUCGAAGCUUUUAUGGAGGGUAUUAGUUCGGUGGAUCCAGCUACAUGUCUUAAAAUAGCCAAAGCAACGGCUGGUCGGCCAUCCACUCUGUGGAUAGAAUUGGCACGUCUCUACGAAAAGCAUAAUCAGUUGUCAGAUGCUCGAAUGGUUCUGCAGAAAGCAACUGGCGUAGGAUUUAUUCAUGUUGAGGACUUGGCCUCCAUCUGGUGCGAAUGGGCUGAAAUGGAAAUUCGCCAUGGCGAGAUUGAAGCCGCUCUUCAACUGCUUGCACGGGCCGUAACUCCGACAGCCUCACACAAAGUUGAUUACUACGAUCGCUCAGAACCGGUUCAGAAUCGUCUUCAUAAGUCUUUACGACUUUGGACCUUGUACACUGACCUUGAAGAGAGCUUUGGUACCUUUCAAACUACAAAGGCUGCCUACGAUCGCAUGAUCGAUUACCGAAUCGCUACUCCACAAAUAAUAAUGAAUUAUGGCCUUUUCCUGGAGGAACACAAUUACUUUGAGGAGGCAUUUAAGGCUUAUGAAAAGGGAGUUGCCAUCUUUCGGUGGCCAAAUGUUUUUGAUAUCUGGGCAACGUAUCUCACAAACUUUAUGGAACGAUAUGGUGGAAGUAAAUUGGAGCGUGCUCGAGAUCUUUUUGAGCAAUGUCUUGAAAGGUGCCCUUCAAAGUUUGCCAAGCGUGAGUUUUUAAGUGCUUCAACCGGUCAGCGGAAGUUUACGUUGAAUGCUGUCACUUUUCAGCAGCUACUUUAUUAA